AAACCAAAAAUGUGUUAUUAUGGUAACUAUAAAAUUAAUAUUGUUUAGUUGUUUUAUUAAUGUACAUAAUCUAUAGAAGAAUAGCAUUUUGAGAAUUAUCUGUUUCAAAUUUAAAAACUCCAAGAUGAAAUUAGAUGAAGUCAAUGUAACGGAACUCAGCCCUAGUAAACUAUUAGAGUACUCGAAAAAAUGUAUUAUUAUGCUAAAACAAAAAGAUAAAGAAAUAACAUUGUUACAAAUUGAUCGAAAUCAAGCAAAUAUAGCUAUGAAAGUUGCCCAAAAAUCUGUAAAUAAACUUCAAUUAGAGAUGACUAAAAUGGAAAAAAAAGCGAUUGAUGAUGCAAUCCUAAUACAGGGUCUUGAAAAACGGUUACGUAUGCAACGCGAAGAGUUUACUUAUCAAAACAUCUACAACUUGGACGUCAAACGUUUGGAAUGUGAGCUAGCUACUAAAGCAACUGAUUUAAAGUGGGAAAAUCAUAAUAAUGAUUUAUUUUUAUUGAAUCAUUCGCUUCGGGAUGAUUUGAAAAAACAAAGUGCACAACACACAAACGAAAAAACAAAUAUGGCAGUUCGAAGUAUUAAACGUUUAAAUGACAGAGUCAACGUGAUAAAAUGUAGUGCAGCUCGUUAUUUAGCAGAGAUAGAUGAAGAACAAAAAUAUGCAAUUCGCUUUGUCCAAAAAAAACAUAUGUUAGAGUUACGAUCAGUUAGAUCCUUAAAUAAUGAUAAUACGCAGAUAUUGAUGGACACGUACAAUAAAGAAAUUGAAGAAUUAAAAGACGUAUUUGAAGAAAAGUUAGAUCAAUUUUUGGAAUUGUCUGAAUCGUUACAACACAAACUAGAAUCAAUUGCUGAAGAAAAUCAUUUUUUACAAAACCGUAAGUCUAUCAUUGAAAAAAAAACAAAACUGCUUAAUGACUCUUCUCAAGCACUCGUAAAAAGAAACGAAUACUUAGAAAGGGAAAACAAAAGUUAUAACAAUUGUAUGCUAUGAAAAGGAUUUAUUAGAAGAAGAAAAUCGUAAGAUGAAAUUAGGCCUUGAAAAAUACGAUGAAUAUCAUGAUAAAACAAUAAGAGACAUGGAAAGGAGAUUUCGCACAGAAAUAAUGUUAUUAUUGAUAAGAUGAAAAAAUAUAAAAAGCCGAACCACGA